UUUACUCAGUAUGAGUCUGUGUGAAUAAAGCGGGUUCACUGACCUGUUAAUCAUAAUCGACGGAUUCCUCGAGCGAUAGAUCAUCAGCUGGUAAAACAGUGGGGGAUUGUAACACACGAUACACACAUGCAUAUUCGUGAUAUCUUAUCAAGUUACGAAAAUUUUAUGUAAACAAGUGCCCACAUCGGGCUAUCGCCAUGGCGAUUUCAUCAUUUACAUUGAAUGUAAAAAGGUAUUGUUCACGCCGCAUCAAUCUGCAAAUCAGAUUGACUGUAAAUUAUAAACUCAUUGGGUGUGAGUGCGGAUAAUUGUAGGAUUUUUCAUGUGGCGAAAUUGAUCUUGAUCUGCUUGUCAUGAUGUUCCAUCAGCUGGGCAAAGGUCUGGCCAAGAGAUAUCACUUCAGCCCUUUGAGUGAACGUGGAUUUGCUACUCAAUUGCCAUUUAACAAAAGAAUAAACAAGGUGCUAAUAGCCAACAGGGGAGAAAUAGCUUGUCGAAUUCAGAGAACUGCGAAGAAACUUGGAGUGAAAACUGUGGCGGUAUACAGCGAUGCAGACGCUAAUUCAAUGCACGUAGAUUUCGCCGAUGAAGCUUACCACAUCGGUCCCCCAGCCUCAACCCAGAGUUACCUCAGGCAGGAUAAAAUAAUAAAUGUUGCCAAAAAGGCAAAAUGCCAGGCCAUUCAUCCCGGAUAUGGCUUCCUAUCCGAGAACAUGGAAUUCGCGGAUCUGUGCAGGAAAGAAAAUAUCAUCUUCAUUGGACCUCCAGCCACUGCUAUUAGAGAUAUGGGGAUUAAGAGCACCUCGAAAGAUAUUAUGAGUCGCGCUGGGGUCCCAAUUAUCACUGGAUAUCAUUCUAGUGAUCAAUCGAACGGAACUCUCCUCUCAGAGGCUGAAAAGAUUGGCUUUCCUCUCAUGAUAAAGGCAGUACGUGGUGGUGGCGGCAAAGGAAUGAGAAUAGCCAGCAAUAAGGAGGGUUUCAUGGAAGCGUUGGAGUCAGCGCGGACAGAAUCACAAAAGGCCUUUGGCGACUCUGAUGUUCUGUUAGAGAAAUACGUGCAGAACCCGAGGCACGUGGAGGUUCAGAUCUUCGCUGAUCAGCAUGGCAAUGCUGUCUACUUAUUCGAGAGGGACUGCUCGGUGCAGAGAAGACACCAAAAGGUCAUCGAAGAAGCACCUGCGCCAGGAUUGUCUGACAAAGUCAGAAGAGAAAUCGGGGAAGCAGCAGUGAGAGCAGCUAAGGCAGUGGGCUACGUUGGUGCAGGCACUGUGGAAUUCAUCUAUGAUAGGAACGAUCAAAGUUUCUAUUUUAUGGAGAUGAAUACUCGUCUGCAGGUCGAGCAUCCGGUGACAGAAGCCAUCACUGGACUCGAUUUGGUCGAAUGGCAGCUCAACAUCGCUGCUGGAGAGAAACUUCCACUUACUCAGGAUCAGAUCAGCAUCAAUGGACACGCUUUUGAAGCUAGGAUUUAUGCUGAGGACCCAAGAGGUGGAUUUUUACCACGAGCUGGUCCCCUGAUACACCUAAGUCCUCCAGAAACAUCUGAGAAUAUCAGAGUAGAGACUGGAGUGAGGGAAGGAGACGAAGUUUCUGUUCAUUACGAUCCAAUGAUUGCAAAAUUAGUUGUGUGGGGGAGCAACAGAACUGAAGCACUAGAUAUAUUGCGAACAAAAUUGUCAGAGUAUAAUAUAGCUGGAGUAGAAACAAACGUAGAAUUCGUAAAAGAUGUGUCUCGUCAUUCCAAGUUUCAAGCUGGUGACGUUCACACAGGCUUCAUCGACGAGAAUCUGGACUCAUUAUUUCCUAAACUCAAGCCACCAAGUGCUGUUCUCGCCCAGGGCGUUCUCGGAUUAAUCCUCAUUGAGGAUAUGGCUGCCUUGAAGGCUGCCCUUAACACCAAAGACCCCUUUAAUCCCUUCAAAACAGAACUGGGAAUGAGAAUAAACCACUCCCUGACGAAGAGGUUCAAAUUGAACUUUAUGGAGGAGGAUUUCGUAGUUGAUGUCAAGUAUGAACAGCCUGAUAUCUAUCUCAUGAGGGUUAAUGACCUCGGACCAUGGAGAAAGGUCGAAGGAACUUUGACGCAGGAGAAAGAUGAUCUUGUCCUCAGGAGUGUUGUCGAGGAGAUGAAAAAUAAAUCCUGUCUCUGUAGAUUUGACGAUGAACUUCAUGUCUUUACUAAUGAUCGAGCAUGGAAAUUCAUCAUACCAAAGCCCGAUUACAUAAAACAAUUAUCAAAUGCAAGUAACGAUUCAAUUGGCGCUGCUGUUUCACCAAUGCCAGGUGUUGUAGACAAAAUUCUGGUGUCGCAAGGCGAUAUUGUGAGCAAAGGGGACCCUCUGGUUGUGAUUGUGGCUAUGAAAAUGGAGCAUGUAAUUAGAGCGCCGUCCUCAGGAGCCGUGGAAGAGAUCUUAUGUUCUGUUGGUAGUACAGUAGGAAAAGAUCGUCUCCUCCUAAGAAUAUCAAACAUUGAAUCAGAAAAUAGUGAAAGUGAUUAAUGCAUAUCAUGAUGAACCACUGGAUGAAUUAUAAAGACAGACUUUAUUUUUUAUCUUCUUUUAUGAUUACAAAGACUGUAACUUCUCAUUUUUGCCAUAUUACCCGGGGAAAAUUGUAUGAAACAGCCCAAAUAACUCAUUUUAUAAAAUGGAGAGAAGACUUUUGCGAUUGAAUUCUGU